AUGUGGGAGUCUGGUCCUUAUGGGCUCACCAGCGCAGACAUAACAUGGCUGAAGGAGGAUGCUGAAAGGGGACUUUUUCAGAGGGCAAAGUCUUAUAAAGACAAGCACGGCAGCACAAGGUGGAGGAAAGUCCUGAAAGAAAACAGAAUGUGGUUUCACCCUCCUGAAUUUCCUGGAGUGGUGGAAGGGAAAGUCCCCUCAGCAGACUCCUUUUUUCAUGGCUCCGUUUUCUUCUGGAGACCAGUCGGAGUGUGGCGGUACAGUCUUCGAUGCCCAAGGUCUGGCUGCCCGGCACGUCCUAGUCAGAAGGCCUUUCUCUACCGUUGUGGGUAUUCAAAAACUGUCAGGCAGAUCUGCCACAUGUCUGGCUGGUACUCCAUGCUGACAGAAGUCCUGGCAUGCAACGCUUGCAGAAAGGCUGCAAAGGAGUCUGAGGAACACUCCAUCGGUCGGUUCCUCUCAUGGGAUGCGUGCAUCCUUAACCAGCUCAGUCCAGCACACAGAGCGGUGUUCCCUGCUGUCUUGACAUUACGGCGUGGCGUGGACAAGCAGGUUAUCCGCCUGAUGAGGGAUCGCACCGAGGGCAACACCAUGGCCAAGGUAUGGAGGCAGGUCCUGGAGAGCCACUGCGAGGAGUACCUCCAAAGAAAGGACUUGUACACCACCCUCCUCAGCCAGUACAAAAAACCUGGGAAGAUCACACGGAAUUUUUGCCAACAAUUCCAGCGACCACCAGCGAGGAGAGAGCUGCCAUGUCCAAAGCUGUUGAGAAAGGCCUUUCUCAUCGCAGAAGCAGAUAACAUCGAGGACUACCGCACACAGAUUAUGUCUACUUUUGGCAAAGUCCUCAAGUACGACUCCACCAAAAAGAUCUGCAAGAAACUUUCCGGGGAUGGAAAGGGCACGGCGGAAUGGUGCACCAAUGUGGCCAACGAGCUGGGCCAGAUCCUCAUGUCAGUCCUGACUUGUGAGGAGUCGCUGGACAAAAUGCGGCCAAUGGCUGAUGGCCUCAUGGAGAGGUACAGAAGAGCUGACAAGGCACCUCCCGAGCUCAUGUAUGUGGAUCGCGGCUGCUGUCGCAUCCACGGCGUGUCUUCUGUGGAGCAGCUCUUCAGCGAGUGGACUGACAGGGGUAUGCUGGUACGGCUGGACAUCUUUCAUUGGAUCCAUCGAUUUGAUGCAGCCUUACGGACGGAUCACCAUCCGAAGUACGCCCUGUUUAAGUCCGCCCUAUCCGCUGCGGUCUUCGCCUACAACAAGGACGAUGUGGCUCUCCUGGUACAGGCGAUACGUGCCGGUCACCCAACAUGCUAUGCUUCCCUGACUGACAGCCAGAUCGUUGAACUACAUGUAAGCAAGUCAGACCUCAGCCAUCAUGUCAGGAGGAUCACGUUGGGUGCCCAGGAAACCUGUGCACGUGUCCAGAGUGCCAUCGGCAUCUUGAAGGGAGCAGCUGGUAUGGAUGAGAACCAGGUCCACCUGUUCAAGGACGCUGCGGCCAUUGACCACAUAUGGGGAACCAGCAGAAGCACCUCGAAUGCAUCCAGGAUCCGCCGGGGAGAAACAUGUACACCAUCACAAAGUAUGUGA